GUACAAAACAAAAAACAACAAACAUUUUAAAAAAGAAAUUAGAUAAAAUGGAAGAAUAUAAAUCAAUGAGAGAUUAGUGAUGUGUUAAAUACUGAGUAUUUUUCUCCCAGCUGGUUAAGUUUAUGAUGUUGAAGAACUUGCUGCCACAAGCCAAAUUAAUCAGCUCACACCAUUCACGUUUCUGUGUGCUUGUGAUUUCUGUAACAAGAGGCUUAGGUGGGGUUAUCCCAUCUGUUGUAGCCGUCCACUUCUGAAUGUUUUGUCCACAAAGAAGAUCUGGAAAUUGCAAGCCUGCAGGGGCGUUCUCAGUUCUUCUUGGCCUGAUCUCGCUGUACCGCUAAGAGCUGCCCCACUGUGGACUGUAAGUUGCUGCUAUAAUAGAUGAAGGAACCAAGUUUUCUGAUCGAGGUGGGCUCCCUCUUUGCACUUUUGCCCAGCAAAUCUCCUGGGCAGAGAACUGCAGAAACUCCAUUCUGUAUAAACCCGUCUCCUCCCUGUUUCUGUUCCUCUUCCUUUGACCCGAGGAUAAAACUGUCUCCUCCCCGAUAGUUGCUUGAAUAAGAUAGUUAGAAACAGGUUAAGUAAGAAAAUUAUAUGCUUUGUUAGGUAUAAAGAGUUUGCCUAAUUGUUUAAUCACAUAGGAUGUUCUUUGGAAAAAGGAACAUACUGACCUUAAACCGUUCCUCCCUUAGAUAUUAGUAAUUUCCUGCUUCUACCCUCCUAUUCCUGAAAGUAUCUACGCAAAUUCUCUGUAAGAAAGAAUGCCCUAAACUUUCUCUGAAUUAGUACCCUCCCCUGCCUGAAAUAGAAAGUUAAAAAUAGUACCAAUAAAAAGAGAAAGCCUCCUAAACCCUAUAUAAUCAUGCUUUGAAAGUAAGUUGGGGCCUUCAGUUGGAAGCCGCUGUGACGGUGCCACUGGAGGUCCAGGCUCGAGUUUGCCGGGCUCGAGCCUGCAAUAAACUCCUCAUGUAAUUACAUCGGACUCGACUCCUUGGUGGUCUUCUUGGGGAUCUCACAACUUGGUGCUCUGGGGCCCAGCUAGGUGACCACACAGAACAGUGGCAAGGCCACUGGUUCUCAGGACUCUACACUCUCUCCCUACCACCAGGCAGCCUGCCAGCCCCUCUGAGCCAUCUCCACACUCCUCAGACAGGAUGAGUGCCCUGGAUGGCAUCCCCUUCCGGAUGCCGAAGGGCUUCAUGGUCAGCACAGAGCCUUUCCCUGAACUAGAGCUCAGUGUCCCGGCCUGCAGGGAACUCCUGCUGGGUUCCAUGCAUGACUUUGGCCUGGAAAGGAAGGCUCUCUUCUUCACAGAGGCUGCCCUCCGAGGACACGGACCCUACCAGAGCAGUGACCUGGGCACAGCCUCAGCCCCUCCAGCCUGGCUCUUGCUGCUCAGCCCAGACAGCCGCCUGGCACCCGCGCCUGCAGAGGCUGGACUUCAGCAGCCGCCCUGGGAUGAGCAGGAGGCGGCCACCGAGGAAGAGAAGGACGCCUCCUCCGCCAGCGAGGACGAGCAGGAUCCCGGUAGCUCAUGUCCAGGCUCCCAGCCCACCCCGGACUGCGGCCGGCAAUGCUCACUAAUGCUCGGGCUUUUGUCUGGGAGAAGACUGGCCACCAGGUCCUGGGCAUUGCUACGCAGCUUCCACAGCCACCGUGCACGCAGCCUCUGCGGGGCGCCCACACCCCCGGGGCCCACUCCGCUGCCACUGCCACCUCCAGACACCCCGCUGCCCCUGCGACCCGCCACUGCUGGCCCCAUGGCCCCGCUACGGGGCCACAAACCCACGGUCCCGUCCCUCAGCCCGUACACCUGCCUGCCACCUCUUAGGGGGACACCCCAGCCUCUCAACUCGUGCAGAUCAAACCCUGAUUCUGCAGCUGACCUGCUGUCUGCCCUGAGCCAGGAGGAGCAGGAGCUCAUCGAGCCUGUCGUGGCCCUGGGGUACCCGCUAGGAAGGGCCAUCGUGGCUCUGCAGAAGACGGGGAGGCAGAGCCUGAGCCAGUUUCUCAGCUACCUCAGUGCUCAGGAGAGGCUGCUGCAGCAGGGCUAUGAGGAGGGCCUGGUGGACGAGGCCAUGGAACUGUUCCAGUACUCUGAGAGCAAGGCCAGGGAGUUCCUGCGCCUCUGGGAACAGUUCAGUGACAUGGGCUUCGAGCAGCAGCGGAUCAAGGAGGUGCUCCUGGUGCACGGCAACCACUGUGAGCAAGCCCUGGAGGAGCUGGUAGCCUGCACCCCAUGACCAGUGCAGCUCCCCGUCUGCUGUCAUCGAAAUCAAGCUGACAAAUAAAGUCAUGCAAGUUCAUUGUAAGAAGCACAAACAAUCACAAGGUUGGGAGAAACACCGCAGCCAGUCAGCAGUACUCCAGGAGGGCGAGGUGGGACUGAGUUUUUUGUACAAGCCUUGCGCACUACCUGUGUUCAGCUCUCUAUGGUAAUAGCUUUGCUUUUGAGAAAGGUAAAAUUAAAAAAAAAAUGAUGGAUGGUUCUUCUGAGGCCUGCAGUGUCCUGGUCUUGGGUAGAAAAGUAUUUUAACUGAGAAUCAGAAGCCCUAAGUUCUGAUUUAGGUUGUGUGGAUGUCAGGCUCAAGGCCUCUUUGGGGCUCCAUUUCCCAAGGAAAAAGUAGAAAAAAUCUGAUCGGGUCAGAAUUUUCCAGUCCUGGCAACUGCUCAUGAGAUACUCUCAGAGAACACAACUUGGCAGCCUCCUGGAUUUUUGUUUUGUUGUUUGUUUGAGACAUAGUCUUAUUGGUAUGGAACUCAUGGCUUCAAGCAGUCCUCCUGCCUCAGCCUCCCGAGUAGCUGGGACUACAAAUAUAAGCUCAGGG